AUGCUCGACCCUCUCCCUCUUGAGACGCUGCUAUCCACGCUACCCCGACCUCCAUCAUCGUUUCUGCCAGAAAUUCAGGAGCACCUCCGGCAAUCGACGCGGGGUGGCAGACGCAGAAAGCUGGUGGUUGUCGAUGAUGAUCCCACCGGCACGCAGAGCGUGCAAGGCUUUCCUGUGCUGUCGGAAUGGACCGCGGAGGCUCUCGCUCGGGAGAUCGAGGAUGAUAGCACCCCAGGAUUCUUUCUCCUUUCGAACAUCCGGGCUUUGUCAGCAAGAGACGCCGAGCACGUCUUGCGGGAGAUUCGGACGGGCCUCGACGCCGCGCUCAAGCGGCUGAAUCGCUCUGAAGACUCGGUAACAAUCAUUUCUCGCUCGGACUCGACCUUGCGUGGACAUUUUCCUUUGGACGUCGAGGUCCUUUGUCCGCAUCCUCCCCUCGAUAAAGAAGGGACUGGAUCGCAAGGAAGGAUGCUUUGCGGAGGAACCAGUGUCUUGACGCUGGUGGCACCCUUUUUCCAGGCAGGGGGUCGGAUGACGAUCAACGACGUGCAUUACAUGACCACCUCCCCUGCCUCCGUCCUUCCCGUGCACCUGACGCCGUUUGCGCAGGACAAGGCCUUUGGGUUCUCCACCUCGAACCUGAAGGAUUGGGUCGCACAGAAGCUUGGAGGAGGCGUGAAGGCCGAAGACGUGGCUAGUAUCACCCUAGACGACAUCCGGUGCGUGUCAGUCUCUUAA